AUAUAACAAAAAAUAAAAUAAAAUAAAAUAAAAUAAAAUAAAAUAAAAUAAAAUAAAAUAAAAUAAAAUAAAAUAAAAUAAAAUAAAAUAAAAUAAAAUAAAAGUAAGUUAAAAUAAAUUAAAUUAAAUUAAGUAUGACAUAAAAAUUACAUGAUAAAAAGCAAGAUAUUAAAAUGAAAUGAAAAAAAAUUUUGUCUUUACCUUUGCUUUUGCUAAUUUAUGCUCAAAAAUUUAUACUUAAAUUCAGAAAUAUGUAGGGAACAGAAUAUAAGUAUUUUUAUUUACCAAAUUCAACUCAACAAAACAAUAAAAAGCAAAUUUCAAGAGCCCACAAAUACCGCAAAGCAUUUACGCAGAUAAAAACAUAUUAAAAUAUACAUAUGUGUGUGUAGGUGCACACCACUCUUGUGGUCUAUAAAUUCUAAAAAUGAAAAUAAAUUAAUGUUUUUUUUCCAAGUUAUAGUACAAAUCACUUAUUCAAUAACCAAACAAUAUAAAUAAUAACAGCAAAUGCGUAUUGACUUCGCGGCAACAGUUAUCUUAUUGAAUCUUCAUUACGCAGCAAAAGCGAAAGAAGGAAGUAGAAAAAUAUAAAAUAAUAAAAACAGAAGCUUUUAUGUGCUACUGAACUGACCUUAAUCGAAAGUAAAUUAAAAAAACAUCAACAACAACAAAUUGAAAUGCUUUCACUCCCCGUUCACUCGCUCCUCGUACAAACGCGCCUCUGCUCGCGUGUUGAAGCAUUUUGUUUGAUUUGCAAUUGAAUUGCAGUACACACAAAAGAAAAGAAAGAAAAAAUAUCGUAAAGAUUGAUUGAGAAAUAGCAAUAACAAUAACGAAAAAUAAAAAUUAGAAAAAAAGCAAAUAAAAGUGAAAAUAUAAAAAAAAAAAACAGAAAGAAACAGAAAAUAUCUUUGAAAUAGCGCUACGAAUUAAAUAAGACAUUCCGUUAAAUUACUUUCAAUUUUGAUUACAUCUACGGUGCAAUAGUAAACGUACACCAACAUCUCCAGCCCACCACCACCCACUUGCACAUAAAAAGGGGAAUACAAAUCGACGGAGGCGUGUGCUAUUGGUGCGCCUACGGCAAAAAAGCUAGGAAGCUGACAAGUUGGCAGACAGCAAGAUAGACAAGUGUCACAAAUACAGAUACACAUGCGUAGUGUGUACAAACGCAAAUGCGCGUACGUUUGUAAGAGAGUGUAAGAGUGUGUGUACCUUGAACCUCAGCCGCCUUGGCGUUGUUGUUUUCGUACUACAAGCUUCUAAUUGUUAGAGACAUCAUCGGAUUGCUGUUUGCUAUUGUUGUUGCUGUUGCAAUUGUUGUUCUCUGCACACCUCUCCGUCAACAGCCACUCGAUACAACUUGAGUGUGCUUUGAGACGCUUAAUUGAACUUUUAAAGGGAAUAAUAAAAUUCAACAAAUACAUGAAGUUAGAAAUACAGAAACGACUUAAGGCUAUUUUGCUGUCUUUAUAUAUCUUUGGAAACAUUAUCAACAACUUCGAAUCUUGCAUUCUUCGUGAAUAAAUUGGCUUUUGCAAUUUUUCGCACUGCGAUCACUAGAUUUCCGCGUGGUAACUACGAGAACGCGUAAAGCUGAACGUUUUCUAAAUCGCUCUUCAGUUUAAAGAUUCUUUCUACAAACACACACGCUGUUGCAUUUAACUGUGAGAACGAAAGAAGCGCGCACAAAACGAAACCGCCAAACAAAUGUUGGGUAAAUUCACAUCGAAUCAUGUGCAGGUGUAUCAUCAGUACUCGCGCACUGUCUCCGUGAAGAAGCCAAAAAAGCAUACGCCUCGCAGUUGGAUUGAGACAAACUUCCAGAAGAGAGAAUGCAUCAAAUUCAUACCCUGCCCCAAAGAUGAGUCCAAAUGUUGCUGUGGUCAGUCACGUCCAACUCAUCAAACUAUACCGGGCAUCGAAAGUGGUUCGCCCGGUGACAACUGGCAGCCACAGAAGCACACAAGAGCACAACCCACCGAUGCAUAUGGUACAAUUGAAUUUCAAGGCGGUGCGCAUCCGACCAAAGCGCAGUAUGUGCGUUUGUCCUUUGAUACACGACCGGAAUUGUUGGUGCAACUCUUUACCAAAGAGUGGAAUUUGGAAUUACCAAAACUUUUGAUUACAGUACAAGGUGGCAAAGCGAAUUUCGAACUGCAGCCGAAGUUGAAAAAGGAAAUUCGCAAAGGUCUUUUGAAAGCGGCAAAAACGACAGGCGCUUGGAUAUUCACAGGCGGCACAAAUACAGGUGUUACAAAGCAAGUGGGUGAUGCAUUGCUGCUCGAGGGUCAACAACGUAGCGGGCGUGUUGUCAGUAUUGGUAUUGCCCCCUGGGGUAUUGUGGAGCGUAAUCAUGAACUUUUGGGGCAUAAUCGUGAGGUGCCCUGCCACAGCAUAAGUUCGCCAAGAUCCAAACUGGCUGUACUGAAUAAUCGUCACGCUUACUUCCUGCUGGUCGAUAAUGGCACACAGGCGAAAUAUGGCGCUGAGUUGAUAUUGCGGCGGAAAUUGGAGAAGUUCAUAUCGAAUCUGAAACUGCAUCCAUUUACACAUUCCAGCACACCGGUUGUCUGUCUGGUUAUCGAGGGUGGCACGAAUACGGUACGUGCGGUGCUGGAGUACGUGACGGACACGCCACCAGUGCCAGUGGUGGUAUGCGAUGGUUCGGGUCGUGCGGCAGAUCUUAUAGCGUUUGUACACAAAUAUGCCUCCGACGGCGAGGAACAACCGGUGCUCGAGUCUAUGCGCGAUUACUUAAUUACAACUAUACAGAAAACUUUCGAAGUCGGCUUCGAUCAGGCUGAAAAAUUAUAUCAGGAACUUUUGCAAUGCACACGAAAUAAAAAUUUGAUAACCGUUUUUCGUAUACAAGAGAAGCCCGAAGGCGAGGCGCAGGAAUUGGAUCAGACGAUACUAACGGCGCUCUUCAAAUCGCAACACUUGAGCCCACCGGAACAAUUGAGUUUGGCGCUGACAUGGAAUCGCGUUGAUAUUGCGCGGAGUGAAAUUUUCGUUUACGGACAGGAAUGGCCGCAUGGCGCUCUGGAUGAGGCGAUGAUGCAAGCGCUCGAACACGAUAGAAUCGAUUUUGUGAAAUUACUAUUGGAGAAUGGUGUUUCAAUGAAGAAAUUUUUGACAAUACCACGCCUUGAGGAAUUAUAUAAUACAAAACAUGGUCCAGCCAAUACUUUAGGUUACAUUUUACGCGAUGUACGUCCACAUAUACCAAAAGGCUAUGUCUACACAUUACACGAUAUGGGUUUAGUUAUUAACAAAUUAAUGGGCGGCGCGUAUCGCUCGUAUUAUACACGCCGAAAAUUUCGUCCGAUCUACGCCAAAGUGAUGAACAGCUACGCCAAUGCACACCGAAAAUCCUCAACAUAUCAACGUUAUGCCGGCGCAAAUUCAUUGAGCUUGGUCACCGGAUUGCUGCCAUUCACAACGGAAAUGGCACUUUUCGAAUUUCCCUUCAACGAGUUGUUGAUUUGGGCUGUGCUCACGAAACGUCAACAAAUGGCUUUGCUCAUGUGGACGCACGGCGAGGAGGCGUUGGCUAAGUCAUUGGUCGCCUGUAAGCUCUACAAGGCCAUGGCACACGAGGCGGCUGAGGAUGAUUUAGAUACGGAAAUCUAUGAUGAAUUGCGUGCUUAUGCCAAGGAAUUCGAAAGUAAAGGCAUCAAGUUAUUGGAUUUCAGCUAUCGCACAGAUGCGGAGAAGGCUCAACGGCUGCUCACAUGUGAAUUGCACUCAUGGUCGAACCAAAGUUGCCUUUCCCUGGCGGUGGCCGCCAAUCAUCGUGCACUCUUGGCGCAUCCCAGCAGCCAAGUGAUAUUGGCCGAUUUGUGGAUGGGCGGCUUACGUACUCGGAAAAAUACAAACAUUAAGGUUAUCUUAGGUCUUUUGAUACCUUUUUAUAUUAGACACUUGGAUUUUAAGUCCAAGGAAGAGCUACAACAAAUGCCACAAACCGAAGAGGAGCAUUUGGAGAAUCAAAAUUUGGACAAUGAUGAUUCGGAUCGCUCCCAACCUGACGCUGAGAAUGCGUUAACAAAAGCAAAACGGUCCAUUUCGUUCAAAUGUAGGAUGAGCAGUAAUAACAAUCCAGACAAGGCACUUUUGGCGGAUACUUACUCUCUGCGCGAUACCAAAGUACAAGAAAAUGGAAAAGUUUCACUCACCGACUCCGAUCCAUCACAGUUUCGUGAUAUUUUUAAUUUGGGCGAUUAUGAGUUGAAACAACAUCAGCCAUUGCGUUUGAAGAAGAAAUUCCAUGAAUUUUAUACAGCGCCAAUAACGAAGUUCUGGGCAGAUUCGAUUGCCUACAUGUUUUUUCUGUUCAUGUUCACCUACACUGUCUUGGUGAAAAUGGGUCCGACGCCACGUUGGCAAGAAGUCUACUCCAUUGCCUACAUUGCAACUUUGGGUUUUGAGAAAAUACGUGAAAUUAUCUCAUCGGAACCGGUGGCCAUAACCCAUAAAUUUGCGGUUUGGGCCUGGAAUAUGUGGAAUCCUUGCGAUGCAGCCGCCAUUAUCUUGUUCCUGAUCGGUUUAUCGUUGCGCUUUCGACCCAACACAAUGGAUAUUGGACGUGUUAUUUACUGUGUGGAUAGUAUUUAUUGGUAUUUGCGUAUACUGAAUAUUUUGGGUGUCAACAAGUAUUUGGGUCCCUUGGUCACUAUGAUGGGUAAAAUGGUUAAGAACAUGAUUUAUUUUGUUGUACUCUUGGCUGUGGUGUUAAUGAGUUUUGGCGUCAGCCGUCAAGCCAUACGGCAUCCGGGCAAUGAGCCAACGUGGGGUUUAAUUAAAGAGGUUUAUUAUCAGCCAUACUUCAUGUUGUAUGGUGAAGUGUUCGCCGAUGAUAUUGAUCCACCUUGCGGUGAGGAGCCACAUCAGAAGCCAUGCCCCACUGGCCACUGGGUGACACCGAUCAUAAUGGCAAUGUACUUGUUAAUCGCCAACAUUUUACUAAUUAAUCUGCUAAUAGCUGUCUUCAAUAACAUUUUCAACGAAGUGAACUCCGUUUCGCAUCAGGUUUGGAUGUUCCAACGUUUCACCGUCGUUAUGGAGUAUCAACAGAAACCCGUGCUGCCGCCACCCUUCAUCGCACUCUGCCAUUUCUACUCGCUGCUCAAGUAUUGUAUACGCAAAGCGAAAGGAUUGGAGGUACAACGUGACAAUGGCUUAAAAUUAUUCUUGGAAAAGGAUGAUAUGGAACGUUUGUAUGAUUUUGAAGAGGAAUGUGUUGAGGGUUUCUUCCACGAACAGGAAAUCAUAUUGAAUCAGUCGACAGAUGAACGUGUUAAAAAUACAACGGAACGUGUUGAGAUAUUGGCGCAAAAGAUUGAGGAUAUUAAUCAAAAGGAGAAUGUACAAACAGCUACGGUGCAGAGUAUCGACUUUCGCCUUCGUAAAAUGGAAGAAUCAUCUGAGCAAAUACUUUCAACUCUCGCGGUCAUCCAUCGGUUUAUGUCGAUGCAUAUGCCGGAUGGCGGAGACCUACGAGCGUCUCACAUGAAUAUAGCGGUCGAUUUGCCACGCGUACGAACAGUAUCGAUGUCUGAUAAUGAAGCACCGAUGCCACCACCAAAUUUACAGGUCAAUAACCGCCGUCGCUUCAAUCGUUCACUCACCGAAGUGCGUCCGGACGCAUACAUAUUCGACGAAGGCACCCACUUCGAGGUGGUGCCAGUACCUGAAGAGCCCGAUGAGCUAGUCAAAUCACGCGAGGCACUUAACGAUCAUGUAGUCCGCAAAAUAUCAAUGCAAUCCGAAUCCGAUUCGGACAUUUAUUUACCCAUGUCCCAACGACCGUCCACCUGUGAGACUGUAAAGCGUACACCAUAUGUCACGGUGCGGCAGGAUACCGGCGCCAGCACUGAAAGUAAAGACACACUUACGCCGCUGGGUGCUGACGACGAACACACGCUGGUUGGCGAAAAUUCCGAUGAAACGAAUCAGGAGCUCAAUUUCGAAGCCGCCAAACGUCGUGCUAUGCGCCAACGCACCGUAUCGCUGUGUCGUCGCAACUCUGAAGCGUGCUCCAUCAUUGCUGCUGCCGAUAUUAACCGUUCACACAUAAGUCUGAAUCAAUUGCCGUUGUCACGUCGGCAAAUGAGUAUAACCCAAUCUGAGCCGGAUAGUGACAAGGAGGCGAUUGGAGGGGGAAAAACAAGCACAUUGCAUGCGAAGUCCUCCAGAAAUAUACUUCUGAAGUUCCACACAGAAUACACUUCAAUUACGGAUGAAUUGGAGAGUGUCUGCCAUUUGAUGGCCUCGCCGACGGUCUCAUUGCCAAGUAAUAAAGCAUCACUGGACCGUCCGACGGGUGAAAUGUCUAAGGCUGAAUUUGCUGCGCUACUGGAGAAGCAACAUUUGAAGGAGUGCGAAGAGAAUGAUUAUAUGAUGCUGGAAGGCUUAUUCCAGGCACGUGCGUCCAUCGAUGACACCGACAAUUCAUUUGGGACCGGCAUAUCGGCUGAGUUCAGUCAUCGUCAUCCGCUACGCCGUGAGACUGCCAUCGAAUUAUCGCCGUCCAAGCCACCCUCCGGCGGUGGAAUGCUCGGUUGCGGCAAUAGCAGCGACACGAGCGGCGCCGGUAGCGGUGGUGGUGUCGGCGGUGGCGGUGGCGGCGUAUUCGCCAGCUCAUCAACAGGUCCAGCCGGCUUUCAACUGAAAAACGAACGACCUUGGCAACGCAACUCAUCAAUGGAGCAGCAACAAACAUAUCAAACACCAGCGGUGCCCACACGUGCCGCCAGCGAAUUCCUUAAUGCACCUUUCGAAAGCACCGGCAGGCUUUUCAAGAAAUCCAGCGAAAGCCUGCAGAAAGGCUCCAGCACAGAGACUGAUUAUUCAGCACAUCCAUAUCGAUUCAUCAAGCAAAGCUCAAAUGACACAACCACCUCAAUGACUGGUUCCUAUAACAUCGAUACACCAUCGCUGGCGGCUGAAUUAUCACUCGAUGCCGCCGAUGCGAACACACAAACCACACUGCUACCAUCAACUAUACCAACAACAAUAACCGUGCAGGAGAGUUCAAGUGGCAGCAACAACAACAACGCAACAAUCAACACAGCUGGCAACAGCGUUAGCGUGGGCGACACCACAGCGCGUUAUCAGCCGCUUCGCACUGCCUCCAUGGGCGCCGGUGAUGGCAAACGUAGCGACGUAGCGAGUGGUAAACGUCACACCGACACCAAGGAGUUGAGUGCCACAGCAGCAGCUGCAGCGGCGGUAAUGACGCAGGUGCAGUCCGCGUUGCCGCGUGCCAUGCAGUUGAAGAAGCAGUUUAGCGUGGAUCAGGCGAGCAAGACGCAGACACAGCAGCUACCGUACACCUUGGCGCCACCGUAUGCGAAACAACAACAACAACAACAACAACCGGCGACCAGUACAUUGGCAGCAACUGCAACAGCAGCUGCAAGCGUGCUGGCCGAUACGGGCGUAACAGGUGCGACUGCUGUGCUGCCGGCGCUUGCAAUGCCAGCCAAAUUGUUAUCCUCACUAAAACCGCCCGGCAGCAUGAAGACGCUCGGCAUGAAUAUACUCAAGGAGAGUAGCUCCAGCACGGAGGAGUCGAAGGAGAGUGGGACCAGUGCCGGCGGAGAGCCCUCGGGAGCUACAAUCCCACAAAUAAGUACACACACGGUGCAAGAUGAGAUCGCCAAAUUAUCGUCCAACAUCAAGUCGAGCACCGAAUCGGAGAAGGAUCCGCCGUAUAAUGAGACAAUGUGCUGAUUGGCAGGUGCGGUCAUCGGCGGACAUGCAAACAUACGCAUUUACUACUUGUAAAGCGGUGGGAGAAGAAAAGAGCGGUGCAUAAGAAAUUGCUUGUGUUUUUGUUUUUCUUAAAUAUUAUUUACGGUUUUGUAAACUUAUCUACCUUAAUAAUGCGUAUUUGUAAUUGUAUUUUUAAUUGUAUUUGUACAUAAAUAUGUUUGUGAUUCGACGUUUGUUGAUUAGUGGAAAAAUAUGUAUGUAGAUCGUUUAGGGAGCGUUUAGGUAAAUAAAUAAAUAAAUAAUU